UUUUUUUUUUAUCUCACAUGAAACUUCAAACCCUUCCCCCCUCUCCCCCAACUUUUCUUUAUUAGAUUAGAUUAUCGUCCUUUUUCUCUCUGAUUACUCGGUUUCUUCCUCCUGGAUUGACUUCCAGUUCUUAUCUCUCUCGCUUGUUCUUCACUUCAGGUGAGGAAGCACAGUGAAUUUUAGUAGGAUUUGUCUAUUGUUUUUUGUGUAAAUCUGAGUUUGGUGAAUACCCUUUUUGGGUUAAUGAUGAUGAUGUUCAAUGAGAUGGGAUUUUGUGAUGAUAUGGAUUUCCUUUCGGCUCCGAUUGUGGAUGGAGAUGUCGUAGCUCGACCAGCUGAUCCUGAAGUUGUGGUGGAAGAUGAUUAUUCAGAUGAAGAGAUCGAUGUUGAUGAGCUUGAGAGGAGGAUGUGGAGGGACAAGAUGCGUCUCAAACGACUUAAAGAGCAAAGUAAGGUUAAGGAAGGGAUCGAUAUUGCGAAGCAGCGACAGUCUCAAGACCAGGCUAGGAGGAAGAAGAUGUCGAGGGCUCAUGAUGGGAUCUUGAAGUACAUGUUGAAGAUUAUGGAAGUUUGUAAUGCUCAAGGUUUUGUAUAUGGAAUAAUUCCAGAGAAGGGAAAGCCAGUAACCGGGGCAUCGGAUAAUCUGCGUGAAUGGUGGAAAGACAAGGUUAGAUUUGAUAGAAACGGACCGGCUGCCAUAGCUAAGUACCAGGCAGACAAUGCAAUUCCUGGACGAAACGAUGGGUGUAAUUCGAUCGGUCCAACCCCGCACACCUUGCAGGAACUUCAGGAUACGACCCUUGGAUCACUUUUAUCAGCUUUGAUGCAGCACUGUGACCCUCCUCAAAGAAGAUUUCCAUUGGAGAAAGGCGUUCCUCCACCGUGGUGGCCUACUGGAGUCGAGGAAUGGUGGCCUCAGCUCGGGUUGUCGAAGGACCAAGGUCCUCCACCUUACAAGAAGCCCCACGACUUGAAAAAAGCGUGGAAAGUUGGUGUUUUGACUGCUGUAAUCAAGCAUAUGUCCCCUGAUAUCGCCAAGAUCCGAAAACUUGUUAGACAGUCGAAGUGUUUGCAGGACAAGAUGACUGCCAAGGAGAGUGCUACAUGGCUUGCUAUUAUCAACCAGGAGGAGGUCUUGGCUCGGGAGCUUUAUCCCAAUUCUUGCCCGCCUUUGUCUUCCGGUGGGGGCAGUGGAUCAUUGGUCAUUAACGAUUGCAGCGAGUACGAUGUAGAAGGCGCUGAGGAGGAACCGAGCUUUGAUGUUCAAGAUCGUAAACCUGAUAACCAUAGCUCGUUCAACUUGGGAAUGGAGAGAACGAGAGAACGGGUGCCCCUUCGACAACCACCAUAUGCAAUCAAAGGAGAGGUUUCUACGAACUUAGAUUUUAUGCGAAAGAGGAAACCGACCAGCGAUCUGAACACGAUGAUGGAUCAGAAGAUCUAUACUUGUGAGUUCCUCCAGUGUCCUUAUAGCGAGCUUCGUCUUGGGUUCAACGACAGGACGUCUAGAGACAAUCAUCAGUUGUCCUGUCCAUAUAGAACUUCUUCAGAAUUCAAUGGCUCAAGUUUUCAUGUCAAUGAGGUUAAACCAGUUAUCUUCCCUCAGUCAUUUGCCCCGCCCAAGUCAGCUCCACCCCCAGUUAGCUCGGUUCCAUCGUCCUUCGACCUGUCCACUUUAGGCGUUCCAGAAGACGACCAAAAGAUGAUCAGGGAGCUCAUGUCGAUCUACGACACCAACAUCCAAGGAAACAAAAGCAACGUAAACACCGGUAACAGUGCUAUCACGGAGAACCAAAAUCUUCCUCAGUUAAAGAUACAACCUCAACAAGACGAAUACUUUCGCAAUCAAGGUAUAAUGAUGGACGGAAACUUCUUCGAGGGAUCGAACGUUUCUAGCAGCCAAUUCAACCAGUUUAAGCCAAUGAAUUCACCUUUCGAAAACAACCACCACGAGCACAGCAAUAACAACAACAACAACAACAACUUCCACAUGAUGUUUGGCUCUCCAUUUGAUUUGUCGACCUUCGACUACAAAGAAGAAGUACCCGGUGCAGCAGCCAUCGAUACACUGUCGAAACAGCAGGAUAUUCCAUUAUGGUAUCAUUGAGCCUGAUCUCAAUUCGAUGCUUUACCAACGCAUUCUUUCCAUCGAAAGCAGCAGCAACCGCUGCAGCAGUGAAAUUCAUAGCAGGUACUUUUACGGUUCGAGUCUCUCGCUCGAUCUCUCUGUUAUGGGGUUUGCCUAACUUGGUGAAACUGUGUUAUCUGAAUAGAAAUGUGAUUAGCUCGUAGAAUAUCAUUAAGGUCAUCAUGUAAUGUAAGUCUAAGUUUCUCCAUUAGACUGAUAAUAAGUGGAGAGAAUCCUUCGUAUGAACUUCUAGUAUUACUGCUACUGCUUGCUCUGCUGCCCUGUUGUUGAUUACAUGUCCAAAUGAUUGUCUAUGUGAAUAACUAUUACAGCAUCUUCAUCUUC